AUGGCAGGACUUGCACCCGAGGGGUCACAAUUUGAUGCUGGGAAAUUUGAUGCUAGAAUGAAUGACUUGAUGGCUGGUGAUGCAAAUGAGUUCUACACUAUUUCUGACGAGGUUUGUGAAAGUUUUGAUGGUAUGGGCUUGCAAGAGAAUCUCCUCAGGGGCAUUUAUGCUUACGGUUUUGAAAAGCCAUCUGCCAUUCAGCAAAGGGGAAUUGUUCCUUUCUGCAAGGGACAUGAUGUUAUUCAACAGGCUCAGUCUGGAACUGGAAAGACGGCAACUUUCUGCUCUGGUGUUCUGCAGCAACUUGACUACAAUGUGACUCAGUGCCAGGCCUUGGUUUUAGCCCCAACACGCGAGCUUGCUCAGCAGAUUGAGAAGGUUAUGCGGGCACUUGGAGACUAUCUAGGUGUUAAGGUGCAUGCUUGUGUGGGAGGUACAAGUGUUCGUGAAGAUCAACGCAUUCUAUCAAGUGGUGUCCAUGUUGUGGUUGGUACUCCCGGUCGUGUGUUUGAUAUGCUGCGCAGACAAUCUCUUCACCCGGAUUACAUCAAGAUGUUUGUGUUGGAUGAGGCUGAUGAAAUGCUCUCUCGAGGUUUCAAAGAUCAGAUCUAUGAUAUCUUUCAGCUGCUGCCCGGUAAGAUUCAAGUAGGAGUUUUCUCUGCUACAAUGCCUCCCGAGGCACUUGAAAUCACAAGGAAGUUUAUGAACAAACCUGUGAGGAUCCUUGUGAAGCGUGAUGAGCUCACCUUGGAGGGUAUUAAGCAGUUUUAUGUCAAUGUUGAGAAAGAGGAAUGGAAGCUGGACACACUCUGUGAUCUUUACGAGACAUUAGCAAUCACUCAGAGUGUCAUUUUUGUUAACACUAGAAGGAAAGUUGAUUGGUUGACCGACAAGAUGCGAAGCCGAGACCAUACAGUCUCAGCUACUCACGGAGACAUGGAUCAGAACACCAGGGACAUUAUUAUGCGUGAAUUCCGUUCUGGAUCUUCUCGUGUUUUGAUAACUACUGAUCUUUUGGCACGUGGUAUUGAUGUCCAACAAGUGUCUCUGGUUAUCAAUUUUGAUCUUCCUACGCAGCCUGAGAACUAUCUCCAUCGUAUUGGUCGUAGUGGAAGGUUUGGUAGAAAAGGUGUUGCCAUUAACUUUGUCAAUAAGGAAGAUGAAUCAAUGCUGCAAGAUAUCCAGAAGUUUUACAAUGUGUUAGUUGAGGAGCUGCCAUCAAAUGUCGCUGAGCUCCUCUGA